GCAGUGAUGGCGAACGUGCGGCCCACCGCGAACUCAUGUACCACGUGACCAGCUCUCAGCCAAUGGCGUGGCUCCGUGGCUCGGUUCCGUCUCGAGUCUGUCCACUUAUUCUCCAGCCCGGCACGUCACGAGCGCCUUGUCUGCCUGCCUGCACCAGAGAGACACCAUCGUCCUUGCACACAGUUAGGCCGGAAAGAUCCACAACCAUGUCCAUCCUGAAGAUCCACGCUCGUGAAAUUUUUGACUCCCGUGGCAACCCCACUGUGGAGGUUGAUCUCUACACCAAGAAAGGUCUGUUCAGAGCUGCAGUGCCCAGUGGUGCCUCCACUGGCAUUUAUGAGGCGCUGGAGCUCCGUGACAAUGACAAAACUCGCUACAUGGGCAAAGGUGUCUCAAAAGCUGUUGAGCAUAUCAAUAAAACAAUUGCACCUGCACUGGUUAGCAAGGAUGUGAGCGUUCGGGAACAGGAGAAGAUUGACAAGCUGAUGCUGGACAUGGAUGGAACAGAGAACAAAUCUAAAUUUGGUGCUAAUGCCAUCCUGGGCGUGUCCCUGGCUGUGUGCAAGGCUGGUGCAGCUGAGAAGGGUGUGCCGCUCUACCGCCAUAUUGCUGACCUGGCUGGCAACCCUGAAGUCAUCCUCCCUGUGCCUGCAUUCAAUGUCAUCAAUGGUGGCUCCCAUGCGGGCAACAAGCUGGCCAUGCAGGAGUUCAUGAUCUUGCCUGUGGGUGCCAGCAGCUUCAAGGAGGCCAUGCGUAUUGGUGCUGAAGUCUACCACAACCUGAAGAAUGUUAUCAAGGAGAAAUACGGCAAGGAUGCCACCAAUGUGGGAGAUGAGGGGGGCUUUGCACCCAACAUCCUGGAGAACAAGGAAGCGUUGGAGUUGCUGAAAAAUGCCAUUGGCAAGGCUGGCUACACUGACCAGAUUGUCAUCGGCAUGGAUGUGGCUGCCUCUGAGUUCUACAAAGGUGGCAAGUACGACCUGGACUUCAAGUCUCCCGAUGACCCCAGCCGCUACAUCUCCUCCGACAAGCUGGCUGACCUCUACAAGAGCUUUGUCAAAGAUUACCCUGUUGUAUCCAUCGAGGAUCCCUUCGACCAGGAUGAUUGGGAGGCGUGGACCAAAUUCACAGCCAACACCAACAUCCAGGUGGUGGGCGAUGACCUCACAGUCACCAACCCCAAGCGUAUCGCCAAGGGCGUGGCUGAAAAGUCCUGCAACUGCCUGCUGCUUAAAGUCAACCAAAUUGGCUCAGUCACAGAGUCCCUGCAGGCCUGCAAGUUGGCCCAGAGCAAUGGCUGGGGUGUGAUGGUCAGCCACCGCUCUGGAGAGACCGAAGACACGUUCAUUGCUGACCUUGUGGUCGGUCUCUGCACUGGACAGAUUAAGACUGGUGCACCUUGCCGAUCUGAGCGCUUGGCCAAGUACAACCAGCUACUCAGGAUUGAAGAGGAGCUCGGCGACAAGGCUCGUUUUGCUGGCCAGAACUUCAGGCACCCCUUCUGAGCUUGCCCUUCCUCUUCAGGCCUCUCUGGGUGUUCGCCACUCAUACUUAAAACGACACGCUAUGUUGCCUGCUGUGUCCCAAGAGAGGUCCAAAAUGUGGCCAGCAGCAUGGUGAAGCACCGUGCAUCUCCUAGUACAGCCACAUCCUCAUAAUGUAUGCUUUUGCUCUUGACUUUGUCCCUUUUGUACAGGUCUGUCUAUCUGUGGAUGAGGCCUUGUAACUUUCUUGAGUUGUAGUCAUUCUUGGUCCUCUACUGAGUAUUUCAGUUACUGUAACUUUAGUACUGCCUCAAGCAGUGGAAAGAGUAUUGUGUGUGUGUAUGCGCAAUGUGUUGUGUCUGACAAAGUCUUGUGUUGCUGUAAGUGUUGGCAGAUAUAUAAUAAAAUAUAGUUUGAAAUCUU